UCUUUUAUUACUUAAGUACAUGACUCUGUUCUUCUCCCCCAACAUCUUUUCUUCAUUUUCUUCUUCUGAAGCCUCAGAACUUGACGGGAGACAGAAUACAACUAUAAUUUCAUGGCGAACCCAAACCCCAGAAGUGACUGCUCAGACUCAGAGAAGUCUCAUAUGAAAAUAAAUUCCCCAGAGAGCCUCUCAAGGGGUGAUCUCCCUAAUUCCCACACCUUUCACCAAAAGACCAAAACCCCCUUCAGAGGUUACAUCUGUCGCCGGGAGACGACAACCUUCUAUGAAGGAUGUGUUGUGGGUUCUUCAAUCAACAACCUCCCCCCUGUGGAAGAACCAGAGGACACACAAAGUCUAGGAAGAUACAUGGGCCACAACUCUCGCACUAAGGACAACCCCAACCUGGUGUGUGCACCAAAUACUGGCGUUGAAGAGGAUGAGGACACAGACUCAGACAGCAAAGGAGCAGGAGCUGAUCAAAUUGUUACUGACAAUGACCAGCAGAUAAACAAGAAUUCAACAUUCAGGGGGCAACGGAUUGACCACGUGGCUGGCUGGCCAGUAAUUCAGCCUGUCAGUCCUAAACUCACCCAGGAACAAGCAGCAGAAGAGAGGAACAAGGAGGAGAGAAAGGAGGAAAGCAAAAGCAGUGAGGAUGAGGAUAAGGAAGCUGAUAAACAAAUUGAAAAUGGUGAAAACCAAGAUGAAGGCUUGCUAAUGGGAUCAACUGAACAAGAAAAAAAGGACGUGGAGAUCAAGAACAACAAAGACAUGGAGAGUAAUAAAAAAGAGUAUGUGGAGCUGUAUGCACAAAUCCAGGUGUAUGAAAGAUCUGAUGACACCAGGCUACCUGAUUCCACUGAGGACAAGGGAAAACAGAACAGUGAGAGUCACAAGGAGAAGGAAGAAAUACAAAUCAAUGAAGAACCUCAGGACGCUGAUAAACAAAGCCAUGGCUAUGACAAAGACGAUGCCCUCCAGCUCCGAGAUCCACCUGAGGAAAACUUCCAGCUGGGCAGCAGAUCCCCUCCUCAUCCAGCUCAGGUCCUGUGUGAAGAACAGUGUACAUGUGAGGACCUGCCUGCCUGUAAACCACCAGGAAAUACAGAAGUCACCCAAGUCCCAGAGAUGCCAGCGAUGCUCCCAGAAGAUGAACCUGCUGAGCAGAUGCUGAAGAUCAGCACUGAGUGGUCCUCCUCGGUCUCCUCUGGGGAGUCAGAGGAGGACGACCCUGGAUCUGACACACAAACCACAACCUGUGUGAAUUGGAGGCAGGCCUUCCGCCGGCUCCGGAAAAGAGUCCUCACGUGCCUGGGGAGGAGAGUGAUGGUCAGCAGCCCACCAGCAACCCCAACCAAGAAAAGUCUUCCCACCUCCAAGGAAACCCACCCCAAAAGAACCCUCAGAGAUUUAUUCCCCACACCCCGUCCACUAAGCACACUAAGUGGUGUGAUGUUGGCCCCACUUCUAUAGUUCUACAGUUUUAUUGUUUUUAAUAAAAUAAAGAUUCUUGUUCUCUGUAUCUGCUUCCUCCAGCACAUCUUCUCGAUGCAGGCUGAAAGGAGCCAUGCAGAGGACUGAAAUGUAUUCUCUGCAACUUGCAGGUAGCAUGGUGCUUCUUGAAGAGAAAGUGUGCUGCUUCUCUCCUUUCUCUCCUGCUGCCCAGGUUUUCUUCAAUCUCAUUGACUUUAUCUCUUUCAGGGAUUUCAUCCUGUUUUGUCACUGACUCACAUCCCCAGGUUUAGAAAGCAGUAGCACAACCAGGGUGGUGUGCUUUGGGGUGAUCUUCCAGGGCCUGAGCAAGCGGCAGUGAAGAUCCAGUCACUCAGGAAGAUGACUCCAGUUGACAGUGUUUGGGGAGUGCAGAGAGCAAUUCUCAUGGUCCUGGGGCACCAGGCUGCUUCUGGCAUUUUGGUGACUCCUUACACCAGGUGGGUCAUGGUUUUUGUUGCC